GAGGUCACAACCACAAGCAGAGAAAAACAGAUCACAGAGAGAGAGAAAUGGAGAGUCGUUCUUACGAACCUGAGAAAACCGCCAAAGACGUCUCACUGCAUGAACUCAGGGACAGGCUCGCAGAGUUCGCUCAAGUGCGAGGAUGGGAACAAUACCACAGCCCUAGAAACCUGCUCCUAGCACUUGUAAUUAAUCAAACAAAAAACACAUUGAAGGUUGGCGAAGUCGGAGAGCUAUCGGAGAUAUUCCAGUGGAAGGGGGAGGUGGAAAGGGGGCUGCCGAACUGGAGCGCGGCGGAGAGAGAGCAUUUGGAAGAAGAGCUAUCCGAUGUGUUGCUGUAUUUGGUGCGUCUGGCCGAUGUGUGUGGCCUUGAUCUCGGCCAUGCCGCGCUCUCCAAGAUCGUAAAAAAUGCGAACAAGUAUCCUGUAGCCGCUUUCGCUCGCGCGCUGCCAUGAACUUCGCGCCGUCCUUUCUCUGCUUAGUGAUUUUGGAAGUCCGGAAAGACUUUAAAUUUUGUAUUUUCAAUAAUUUUUGCUUCUUAUUUUGUCCUUCAAUAAAUUUUAAAUGUUUUGUA